CCAGUGUCCGACCCACAGAGAGGGACUGCUGAUGAUUGAUCUCUGCCUGAAAAGACCACCAUGACGUGGGAGUCAGAGUCUCCUUGCAGAAGAAAGCUGAAAGGCUUUUUGGCCCAGUCAGUUGCCCGGAGAGAGGAUUUUGUUCGAGCUGAGAAAAGCUUUAUGUUUUAAGGUGAAUUUUCUGACCACGGUUCUGUUGCACUGUCAGUGCUCUGUGAAUACGUCUGAAUCAGAGGAACAACGAUGACUCAGACUGAAAAGCUCAGUCCUGGUGCACUUUCCCCGGGCUGUGUGCUCAUUCAUUCACAGGGCAGCUGGAACGUGCCAGGUGUUUGCCUUGGGGAGAAAUCCCAGCACACGGAGGAUUUCUCCGGUGGUGGAUCCUCCCCCAUCACGCGGCAGAGCUGGACCAGAGCCGCAGAUGUGCCGCGUGUGGAGCCACUGCCUCCCUUCCCAAUGGAAGGAAACGCUGCCCUGAGGUUCUUACUGCUGUUCCUGUGUGUGGGAUCCGGGGUGUCCGUGGACCAAACGACUGUGACGUCAGGGAACAGUUCACAUGAAUUCUCAGAUCAAGAUUCUCUGCAGAGAAAUGAUCAACAUUACGAAGGUGGCGUGAAGCCAAAAUUGAAUGUCAGUCAAGUGGCAAUUGCACAGGUUGUCAGCCACAACUUCAGCAGGGAAGGGCAGUGGGAAGGAGCAUUCUGGAGGCGGUUCUCCCACAGCCACCACAGCCCCCUCAAUGUCACGGUCAAUGGCAUCCCCUGCAUCCUUUUCUGGGCCAAGAGGAUCAUGAUCAGGCUUGAAAACCACACUCAGCUGGACUUGACAGAGAAGACAUUUGGUGUCCAUGCCACAGUGGAUGUUGGAGACUCAAACUGCAGUGAAGACAGUGCAAUGCUUUCUCUGAAGUUUGGGGACAUUGGCAAUCUAAAGGGACUAGUUAUCAGGUUCUUGCUGACCACCAGCUAUUACCAGCUAUCUGUUCAGAACUGGUUCAGCCUGCACAGGCUGCAGCUGCUCUACAACCACUCGGUGCAGGCGACGUUCAAUGCGACCCGAAUCCAUGCGCCGGCGACUUACUCCUACCACUGCGACCAUGUGAGCAGCCUGCAGAGAUACGAUGCUCUCCUCAUUCCCAGCUCUGAAAAUGACCUCUCACAGCUGUGGGAAGUCACUUUUAUUGAUUUCCAGAUCCAAGGUUUUAACAUCCAGGAAGGACAUUUUGCCUAUGCAAAGGACUGUGCAUCCUUCUUCUCUCCAGCAAUACUGAUGGGGCUGGUGAUGUCCCUGAUCCUGCUGCUGGUCCUUGCCUAUGCCCUUCACAUGCUGAUCCACCUCAAAUCCCUUGACGGGCACCAUGAGUGCAAAGCUUCUCCUGCCUAUUUUGCACAGAUGAAAGAUAACGACAUGGGAGAUGAGAAGGAGCCACUGAGAAACAGUGGGAAUGAGUCCUAUGAACUUAGAAACAAGCAGUUUGGUAAAAUCUAUAUUUAGCAAUGUGCAUCUAAGUGAAACGAGGUAUUUUCUUCUGCUGGCACUGUUGUGUGUAGUUGGCGCAGGUCUUUCACCAGCUGAUGAAAGGAAAAGUAGGUAACAGACUGUUUAACUGAUUAUUUAUUGAUCAUGAUCUUAAAGACACCUUGGGAAACAAGCUGAGAUUAAAAAAAUUCCAUUGUGAAUAAGAGAUUCAUGUUAUGGAACUUUAUUCCUGUAGCAAAAAGCCAAAAUGCAUAGCUUUUCAUCCUGCUUACAAGGUCUUGAAGAGAGAAUCAGUAAUGAAGACUUUGAAAUCAAAUAAAGAUACUAAAUAUAUAUGUAUCUAUAUAUAGAUAGAUAGAUAUAGAUGUAAAUCUCUUAGCUUGUUCUUUCAGAAGGCGAGAUAUUUCCUCAUUUUGUAUUUCCUCUGUGUCUUGACAAAAUAUCAUAAAUUUCUUUCUCAGGAUGUGCUUUCCUUUUAUUUUCCAAGUUACUUCCCCUCCUCUUAGUCGUCAUAAACUCCUUUUCCUUCAGAGCCACUUAAGCUGUGUUUUUAUCCGCAGUGAUGGCUCCAGAACAGCAGCAUCCUGAUACUUCCCUGUGUCUGAGCUGGAGGCUUACUCUGAGGAUCCAGUGGGAGAGCACCAGACAUCUGGUCAGAGGCUUACCCUUAACUUCCUGGCUCAACUGCGCGCCAGAAGAGGGAUUAUAAGCAUUAUACCCUGUAAUUCAAGGUUAAUUUCUUUCCUAUCAAAUCCCAUCAGUCUCCCUUGUGAAUUUUACCUGAAUGGGGGUAACCAGUGCUAUAAUUCAAAAUCUAUAUAAGCAAAGCGGAGGAAGCUCCUUAGCAGUGAAAAAGGUACUGUGAUAUGAUUUUCAGUGCUCUGUCUGAGCAUUUAGGACACGGUGGUCCUCAAACUUGUCCUUUCUUCCAUUAGAGGCAAAGUUUGGGAACUCCAAAUUAGCCAUGAUUUGGCCCUGAUUUCUAGUAAGGAAGAGCACAGUAACAUACCAACUAUAGUGGUUUUAGGUUAUAAGUAAUACUAUGUAAUAGUAAGUAAUAAUAUGUUAGAAAAUCUUCUACAAAUACAGAUUUAGCAGACAUGUUUUAUGCCUGUUUAAUUUUAGAUAAUAGAACUAAUUAGUUGUUUGUAGUCUUUGUAAACUAUACUGCAGUGGUCUUUAAACACCUUGAGAGGUUCCAAAGAUCUCCUAAUUAUUAGGUAGGCAUUCCUGAAUAUUUCCUGGUUUGUUGAAUUUUAUGCAGUUUGAAAUAGAGAUUCUGGAGAUUCUCAAUAAGUGAUGCUGGAGAUGCAUCAUUAAGGUGAAAGAUACCAAUUAAAUAUUGCUGAGCCAUCAGCAGUGACACACAGGUGGAACCCAAAUCAGUUGGUUGAUUUAGGGAAGUACUUCAGAGGGAAAACACAUAACCAGAAGUAAGGACUUACCACAGCUGCCUGUGGGCAGCUGCUGCCAAACUUUCAUUUGUUUCAUAAAGGAAACAAGCGAAACAAUGAAUGCCUGGGAACCUGAGUGAGGUUAACAAGAGAAGGUGCAAAUCAAAACCAGGGUAUUCCCUGCUGAGUGGCAAAACACUCUCCAGCUUGGUGCCCUCUGCUUGCACCCAGUGGGGACAGAUGUUGGCAGUUGUUAGAGAGAGUUCAGGAUGCUAGUGCUAAAUAGGUGAUGCUCCCCGUGGUCUGGAGAGCAGCGCUGUCAUGCUCUGAGGGUUGGGAAAUUAAAACCUGACACCAGUCAGUGGCAGCCUGUCAAAAUGACUGUCAGUCACUGGUGUGAAAUGCUCACCCUGCUGAGCCAAGCACGGCAGUGCUUCCUGAACCUUGACAUAAAGGCACUUCUUCCUCCCACAGAGGUCAUUUAUCCUUCUAGUUACUUCUGAUGGUGCUGUUAGGGUAAUUCUUACCUGUCAUUUUCUUGCAUGUUUUAAAUGGGCAAAAUUAGCCCUGUUGCUGUGAGAGAUUCUUACAGCAUCUGUGAGACUGGGAAUAAGAGAGAUACCCUUCAGUCAUAUCCCUCAAUCAUCAUGUCCUUUUCCAACCCACCUGUGUUCUCUUGACUUUGAGGGUGAAUAUCUGCUGGCUUUGUGCUUGAGAGACUCAUCACUGCAAACCUGCAGUGUGUAACAGUUCAGGUUUUUUUGGUGCAGACUUUAAUGAUGUGUGUGGCCCUUUCAGCAGGAAGGCACUUGACCAAAAGAUAGGAAUUUGUACCUGCUGAUUUACAAGGCAAACUUUAGAAUAAAACAGAGUGCAAAAAAAUGAAAAGGAGAGGUAAAAGUAAAAAAAAUUGCCAAGAAAAAUAAAAUUUGUUUCCUUUUAUUAGCUUCUCCUAAACUAUGACACAACUGGUAUUACCCCCAGGAUCCACUGGGACAAGGUGCACAGGUAGUAGUUAUCUUAUCUCUGCUGUGACUUUUAGUGUUGCAGUCUUUCAUGGUAGUGGAAGGUGACUCCUCCAUGUAUCCCCUGUAUCAUCACAAAUCUACUCAAGUGGCAGCAAGAGUAAGAAAGGAUAAACACACUAAUUGAAUUAGAUAAGAAAUACAGUGCUCAUCAUAGGACUGGAAUGAUGAGCCUUAUGUUUGUAAAGAGUUAAUGGUGCAUUAGUGGAAAAAGCACCAGAAGAAAAAAAUUGAUCAUAAUUGCAGUUUCUGUCUCCUUGUGCCAUGUAUAAAGGCAAGCACCCAUGGUUGAAAAAGAUGAAAAUAUGUGGCUUUGCAUUCCCACUAAGCUGUAUUUUCUGUGAACCAAGCAAUCCUUAUCAAAUGCACAUUUUGGAGCAACAGGGACAGUCCAUUGCCCUAGUCCUGAAAGAAGAAAAUUCAAGUUAAAAUUAUUUGUGUGCUACAGAAGUAAGCUACAUUGGUACUAACAGACUCAUUAAUAAAAGAUAAGCUUUUUUUA